CUACGUCAUUAUUCUGUGCCCCAAUGAUGAAUUUAUUUAGCCAUGUUUUAUUAGGUUAGCAGUUUAAUAGUGAUCAUCACCAACUUCGCAGUAAUCAUCACAUAGCCUAUUCACACAUACCUAUUCUACCUCCACUGUCAAUCUUGAACACUUUCGAAAUUGCCAUCACACUUCUACUAGCCCACUCCAGAAUACAUCUCAUUUCGUAUUUUACCAAAGUAGCCAUGUCCAGAUUCGUAGACGAUGUCAAGACCGGUCUCAAGGGCAUUCGCGGCGCAGGCGAUGCCAUCCGAGGCCAAGCGCUUGAAGCAACAGAUCAAGUGUUCGACAACAACCCGCGCCACCCACAAACCCAAGCAUCCCAGAUAAAGAACCGUACUAUCGCGGACAAGGGAAAGCAAGACAUCGCACAUAUGGACAAUAUGAUUGCGCGCAGGGAAGUGGAACAUGAGAACAAAAAUGCUAUCAGGGGGAAGGGAGUCAACUCAGCGCAUCACCCAACUACGACUACUACAACCACCACCACAACAACAAGAGAAUCAAAUGCGCCCGCCCAUCCUACGACUGCGAAUGGGACGUACUAUUAGUAGGGACCUAUUGUAAAUUAAGCUUGGGGAAGAACUGGUUGUAUGAUUGUGGGAAAGAAACGAACGGAAUGAGUUAUGCGAUUGGCUUGGCACGACAAGGGAAAAGACUUUCAUAAAGCAUUUUAAACCUCCUCAAAGAGGUCAACGUAUUAUUCUUUUCACU